AUGGAUAUCAAAUCUGUUCUCGUUUUGGACUAUGUUGGAACGAAAUGCACGGAAAUACUUACAAAACAUGGUUUCCAAGUCACCAAAAAGACUUCUAUAACUGAAAUAGAAUUAAUGGAAAUUAUAGAUAAUUACGACGCACUAGUUGUACAAUCCGUUACAAAAGUCACGAUGAAUGUUAUUCGCUUUGCUUUAAACUUGAAAGUGAUUGUAAGUGCCAACGCGUACUACAAUAACAUUGAUGUAUUCGCCGCCAUGGCUAAAAGAAUUGGCGUUAUCAAUUCUCCGCACAGCAGCGUUAUAAGCGCAACCGAAUUUUCUUGUGGUUUGUUAAUGAUGUUGGCGAGAAACUUGAUGUCUGCAACGGCUACUUUCCGUGCCGGCAUUUACGAACAUAAUACGUUCAGUGGCAAUGAGUUGUACCGCAGCACCCUUGCUCUUAUCGGAAUCGGUGACGUUGCCAAAGAGGUAGCCUACCGCAUGAACAGAUUUGGAAUGAGGAUUAUUGGCUACGAUGAUUCUAUGUCUGUCAUGGAAUGCCAGUCAUACUUCAUAAGAAAAAUGAAUUUGUGUAAAAUAUGGCCUCUAGCAGACUAUAUUAUUAUUUUCCUCACACCAUUUUCAAAAACUCGUAUUUAUAUUACUGCGGAGAUUCUUUCAAGAUGCAAAAGAGGUGUAAAAGUAAUAGUUAUGGGCCAUAUAGGACCUUAUCAAUCGCGUGAAAUGUAUAACGCACUUCUGGCUGGAUAUAUUGGCACCGCAGCAUUUGACAUGUACGAUGCAACAUGCGAUAGAGAGAUUUUUAAAGUGGCCAUGUACCAGCAUCCCGCUGUUGUAAUCACGAGGAAUCUCGCUACGCAGACCGAGGAAAGUAUAGAGAAUGGUGGUCGAGAGGCGGCGGAGCAACUAGUUAACUUGUGCAAGCCUGGCACCUACACCACACCAUUGUCCAUCGUAUUCCGCGUCGAUGGAAUGUAA